GGGCCCCCACUUUCCCAUCUAAAUGCUAUAUAUUUAUUUAAGAGACUCAGUAUUAAUGAUCAAUUGGCUCAAUCAUAACAUCUGUCUUAUAUGUGAGUUCCAAUUAUUCAACCUAAGACGUAAGUAAAAUAAUUUAUGAGAAGAGUGUUGCUGAUCAUGGCUGCAGAAGAUGUGGACCAGUCAAGGCUUUCACUACUUAGAAGUAGUGAUCCCAACUACAAUGAUGAUGAUACUAAGAUUUCGGAUCUGUCCUCGGAACAAGUGGAGGAGGUUCUCGGAAAGAAGCCUCUUCCAUUGAGAUGGUGGUUUCGGCUUGUUGCUUGGGAGACAAGACUGCUGUGGCUACUCUCCGGAGCUACCAUUGCUGUCUCCGAGUUCAAUUACAUGCUCACCUUUGUUACCCUCAUUUUCUGUGGCCACCUCAACGCUUUGGAGCUCGCUGGGGCCUCCAUUUCCAGCGUUGGAAUUCAAGGUCUUGCUUAUGGAAUAAUGCUAGGAAUGGCGAGUGCAGUCCAAACAGUGUGCGGACAAGCGUACGGUUCCAAACAAUACAGGGCAAUGGGGAUCAUAUGCCAAAGAGCAAUUGUCUUACACUUGGGUGCUGCAGUACUUCUCACCUUCCUUUACUGGUUCUCUGGCCCAAUACUAAUAGCAAUAGGUCAGUCCCGGAGCAUAGCCGAGCAGGGUCAAGUCUUCGCUCGCGGCCUAAUCCCUCAAAUCUACGCAUUCGCUCUCACCUGCCCCAUGCAGAGGUUUCUUCAAGCUCAGACCAUUGUUAAUCCUCUUGCCUACAUGUCAGUUGGGGUCUUCGUCUUCCAUGUUUUUCUCAGUUGGAUAGUCGUUGAUGUUUUUGGGCUUGGGCUUUUAGGGGCAGCCCUUUCACUCAGCUUCUCUUGGUGGCUUCUUGUUAUUUCUAAUGGCCUUUAUAUUCUUCUUAGCCCAACUUGUAAUCAAACUUGGACUGGAUUUUCUUGGAAAGCAUUCACUGGGAUAUGGCCUUAUUUCAAGCUCACUCUUUCCUCUGCUGUAAUGUUGUGUUUGGAGAUAUGGUACAACCAAGGACUGGUGCUCAUAUCUGGACUGCUUUCCAAUCCUACACUUUCCUUAGACUCCAUUACUAUUUGCAUGAACUACUUGAACUGGGACAUUUGUUUUAUGUUGGGCCUAGGCACAUCAGCCAGUGUCCGGGUGAGUAACGAGCUAGGAGCAGCUAAUCCAAAAGUAGCUAAAUUUUCAGUAUUAGUAGUAAAUGGAAACACCAUCAUCAUCAGCCUAAUCUUCAGUGCAAUAGUUUUAAUUUUUCGGGUAGCAUUGAGCGAGUUGUUUACAAGCGACACUAGUAUUAUAGAAGCAGUGUCCAAUUUGACCCCAUUGUUAGCCAUUUCUAUAUUCUUGAAUGGGAUUCAACCUAUACUAUCAGGGGUGGCCAUUGGAAGUGGAUGGCAAGCUGUGGUGGCUUAUGUUAAUCUGACAGCUUAUUAUGUUAUUGGUCUUCCUAUUGGAUGUGUUCUUGGCUUCAAAACUAGUCUUGGAGUCGCCGGUAUUUGGUGGGGAAUGAUUGCUGGAGUUUUCUUACAGACAGUCAGUUUGAUUAUUCUCACUGCCAAGACCAAUUGGGACUCGGAGGUUAUAAAAGCUGCUGAUCGAGUAAGAAGAUCUACAAACGAAACGAACCUAAAUUUUGUGGUUGGCGUAUAAAGAACAAAUUAAUUAUUUAUGACUUUGUUUUUGUGAGGAGAAUUGUAGAACUAUUAAAUUAUGUCUAUGAUAAAUAAUUUUUUUCUGUUAAAAAAUAAA